GUACGGAGCGGUUCUGGACUCUGUUGAGCUGUGCUGGGUGAGCCGUAACCGAGCCCUGCGGCCCGUGCCCGGAGCCGUGCCACCAUGGUGGCGGGGAUGCUGAUGCCGCUGGAGCGGCUCCGCUCCAUCCUGGAGCUGCUGUUUCACGAGGGUGUUCUGGUCGGGGAGCGGGACGGCUGCCCCCGGCGCACCCACCCGCAGCUGCCCGGUGUGGCCAACGUGGAGGUUCGGCGUGCCAUGGCCUCGCUGCGCUCCCGCGGCCUCGUGCGCCAGACGGCCGCCUGGCGACACCUCUACUGGUACCUGACGGACGCCGGCGUCGCCCACCUGCGCCAGUACCUGCGGCUGCCGCCGGACGUGGUCCCGCGCUCCCUGCAGCGCGCCCCGCGCCCCGCCGCCCCCCGGCCCCGCAGCGCCGCGUCCCCCCCGGGCCGGCAGCGCCUGCCCUGGCACGGCUCCUCCACGGGGAGCAGGAGGAGGAGGAGGAUGCUGGGCUCAGCCCUGGAGCCGGCCCCGCGGCACAAGGAGCGGGAUUAUUCGCAGCUCCUCGAGGGAGCGAGGCAGGGCUGA